AUGAGUUCCGAUGCCAGCUUUCCGUACGCAGACGCUGAGGAUAUUAUCUACCACCUGAAGACUGUCUUCGCGAACCUAAACAGACGUGCAGAAGCAUACACAGCAUACCAUAAGCUUAAGAUGAAACCUAAGGAUAGCUUCACUGAUUUCCUUACGGAGUUCAUGCAGCUCGCCGAAGAGGCUGUCGUUAUCGCCGAGAACCUUAACCAGAAUACCGAAGCAAAGACCUCCUCACGUACCCGGUCUACGAUCCCCGCUGCCGGCGCCGGAGGUGCAUCUACCGUGAACCAGCUAAGCACUCCCCGCGUGAAGCGCGAGUACACUCCGAGCCUAUCUGCCUCUGAAAGAGAGACCUUAAUGAGAGAAGGACGAUGCUUUAACUGUAAGGAACAUGGACAUAUGACCCGUGAUUAUCCGAAGAAGAAACCGACUCUCGCUGUUAUGAUAACUACUCCCGUUAUGAACCCUCCCCGUGUGGACGAGAUCGUGGAGCUAGAAGCCGAUACCGAUUCGGGAAAAGCUCCUGCCUAG